ACCUCUUGCAGACACAUAACAUUCCGAUUCUACGCGAUGUUGCGCCUUCGCUUUGUUGUCCUUCUCGCUGCCUGCUUCGUGGUAGUCAUGGCGAGCCAGAAUUGCACCCGUUACUGCCAGACUCCUGGUCAGACUGACGUGUGCUGUGAUCCCCCACCUCCUCCUAGCUGCCCCUACCCCCCUCCGUGCAUCGACUUCGACGGCAAGAUCCCCUUCUGCGACAGCGACGACCAGUGUCCACCGGGCCAGAAAUGCUGCACAGACGCCUGUUCCCAAAAGAAAGUUUGUUUGCCCGUCUGAGCCAUGCCCCAGCGAGAGCAUGGCCGCAGAACACAAGCUCUGGACCGACUGUUGAGGAACUGCGUGCUUGGCCAUUUUAUCUCUCUCUUGCUUUUGCUUUUCAUUCGCUUUUUUUAUCCUUUUCCCUGUGGACGCUACCAAGAUAUUUUUCUGUUGACAUAAAAUCCCUGCUCUCAAAUGCACAAGGGUGCCCUUUGACCAAUAAAUUUGGAUUGGAAA